ACGAAAUUGUUCCGAUUGUUCCGGAUCUUCAUAUCAUAGAACAAAUUCGAGGUGUUAAUGUGUAUGAUGCAAAGCAUAAGCAAGUGGUUAGCAAGAAGGUUAAGUAUGCUAACAGAUUUGGAAAAAUGAAAAAGGCUCUAAAUAUUGCACUAGAUCUUGGAUGUGAAGAAGAACUGAUAAAUAUGGUUAUACGAUUUAUUGAUCAGAAAAAAUCUAUAACUGAAAAUAUCAACAAUGAAAGUGCUCAACCUGAACAUAAGGUCAUAAUGGACCCUUUAGUUACUAAACAUUGUGGGCGUCCGCCAACUAAAAGGUUGAAAAGUUCAUCUGAACAUCAAGGUCAUAGAGAAUUGGCAUGUAAUCAGGCGAUUAACCUACAAGAUUCUAAUUUGAGACUGCCUUUCUCAAAUAUUAGUCCAAAUGGUAAUAAUGUUUUAGACAAUAAUGCAAAAGAAUUAU